AAUCAUAAGUCGAAAGGUUGUAUAGUGUACAAGAGUCACAUGACGAAUAAAUUGACCCAGUUUCAUAAGGCUGUGAUUCUUAUCAGAAAUCCAUUCGACGCUUUGAAGGCGUAUUUCAACUGGAGUUUAGGGAAGACUCCCAAUUUAUUAGGAAAUGGCACAGCCGUUGAUGCAUCAAAAAAGCCUAAAAAGCCACGGGAUCGAUUCCACGCCCUAGUGGACCGCUCUAGGUUCAACACUACUGGUUGGGACAAGUACGUCAAAGGGGAAAUUCUUGAAUGGAAGUCAUCCUACCUAGUUUGGCUAAAGACAUUUCCUAACAGUUCCAUGGUGGUGCGCUAUGUCGACAUGAAAGAAAACCUCAUCCCGACACUGAGACGGAUCAGUAAAUUUUUAAAUGUUCAAACGACAGAGGCGGAAUACAUAUGUACCGAUUUCAAUAAGGAGGGACGACAUCACCGGAAACAGAAAUAUUCCCUAAAGACUAGCGAUAUCUUCACAGACGAGCAUAUUAACAUAAUAAAUAGUGCGAUUACGGAAGUUAUGAGCGCGGCGAGAUAUAGAUAUGGAUUAAAAGACUUUCUUUUUGCUUAUGCCGAUUAGUGUUUCGAAUACGACACUACACCAUUGUUCUCAUAUUGGAAAAUGUAUUUAUAUUUUAAUUAUAUUUUAAUCAUCUGUCACUCUCAUCAAUACAUCUAACAGUAGUUCGACGUUGUAUUACUAAACCUAAAAAGUUUCCCAGGAGGUAUAUCAAACCUGUUUAAUACUGCCAUCAUAUGGUAUCACCUUUAACCAGCAAUUUCAAAUAUAAACAUUGUGUGGUAUCCCCUUGCCAAAUCGCCAACGUUUACUGUUCUUUUUCCAAGUACCAAUGAUAUCAUCUUUGAUGCAUUAGUCAUUUGUGUAUAAUCACACUUGAAGGUAAAUAAAAUGAGAUGUAUAGUA